AUGGGCCCGUCGGGCUCGGGUAAAACUACUCUGAUGAACAUCCUAAGUGGAAGACAGAACCCUUCGGGUGGCGGUCUGAAGGUCGACGGCACGGUGACUUUGGAUGGGCGAAUAACGGCGCCGUCGAAGUUCCGUGACAGCGUCGCGUAUGUGAUGCAAGAAGAUGCAUUGGUAUCGACGAGCACCCCUCGAGAGGUACUCGAAUUCGCUGCUACACUCAAGUUGGACAAAAGCAGACAUGAGGUCAAAACUAUUGUCAACGAUAUGCUGGAGUAUCUCCGUCUGAGUACUUGUCAGAAUACGAUGGUGGGCAAUCAACUAACUCGAGGAAUAUCAGGCGGUGAGCGCAAGAGGACUUCUAUUGGGAUGGAGCUCAUAACACAACCAAGUAUGUUAUUCUUGGACGAGCCUUUGACCGGGUUGGACUCCUAUGCGGCGGUGACGACCUCGAGGGUUCUCAAAGGAUUGGCUGAACACGGUGUAACGGUCCUUAUGACAGUUCAUCAACCUUCAAGCGAAGUCUUCGAGCUUUUCGACAGGGUCAUGCUCAUCAACGAGGGCGAGAUAGUGUACCAUGGCCCGAGGACCUCUCUCGAAGACUACUUCGUGAGUCAUGCGGACUUGCGCUGUCCACCUCAUUACAAUCUCGGUGACUUCGCUCUUUACAAGCUCCAGACGCAGCCACCUGAAGUCAUAAGCCGUCUAGUCGACGCAUACAAGGCUGGGAUGGUCGAUGCUGAUGCGAAGUGCGUUACUGGAGAUGGUAUGAAGAAUGGAGUCGUCAAAGCCACCAUGAACACACCGUAUCGUGCCGGCCUUCACAAGCAGUUCCAUAUGCUGGCAGCACGCGAGUUCAGAGCAGUUGUAAGGGACCCAGACGUUUUCAUCGUACGCUAUAUCGUCGUGAUGUGCACUAACCUCCUGUCGGCAUCCAUCUUUCAUGACUCCGGUAGACCAGGAUCAGAGCUGUUCUGGCUGACUAACAUGCGACUCUUUCAGCCCUAUUUCUCUGCUGUAGUGAUCAUGUGUCUGACGCAACUGUUCGGACCAGCUCAAACAGCGAUAAUCCGUUACCCUGAGCAACGCAUGGUCUUCUUGAGAGAGUACACCAGCGGCAUGUAUUCAGCGAUCCCCUAUGUCAUAUCGAAGAGUAUGAUUGAACUACCGUUAGCACUCUUCGAGUGCUUUCUCCAGAUU